AUGGGAAAUUGUAGUGCGACAUUUGGCCGAGGAAUCUACCUGGCCACGAUGUUUGAAAAGGCGAAACAGCACUCGACACCGGCACGCGUAGGCGGCCGCAGCGUGGGGUUUGCGUUUUUGGUGGAGGCCGCGAUCGGCGACGCGCUGGUGGUCCCCAAGUAUGGGCUCGUGGGCACUCUACCCGCGGGAUUCAACACCGUGCUCGUCAAAGGCAGGCGAUUCCCCAACCCAACCGAGGACGAGGUGGUGUGCAAGGAUGGCCAAGACGUUCGGGUAGGCAUCGGGCCGCCGACGACGGAUCCAGCCAAUCCAUUGUACCACGAUGAAGUUGUUGUGUACGACGAGCGCCUCGUGCAACUGCGCUAUGUCGUCGCGUUUGACAUGUAG